UCCUUCAUCUUCCUAUAUUGGACUGACCCACAUUAGUCUGAUACAGUAUUUGUGCCCGAGAGCGUUAAUUAACCAGUUAACCCUCUUUCUAGAGUCAGAAACCAUAAGCAAGCCUGCUCUUGCCCCCACCAGAACCCCAUUCCUGGCUGUCCCUCCUCCUCCCAGAUCAGAGCAGUGAGGCCAACCCCAAAGCAGAGGAGCGGAUUCGGAGCGCUGCCCUGCGGGCUCCGUUGGCGACCGCAACAUGUUUUCCCCGCGCUUGGCUGCGGUUCAGGAGGCCGGUGCCCCACCCUUCAGGAAGCCCUUCUCCGGAGCCUCGCCAGCUGCCCGCCGUGGAUCGCCCCACCUCCUCUGCACCUCCUGCCUUCCAGGGGAGGAAUAGUGGAUCGCGGCUGGAGGCGCCUGCAGAUGCGGGCGGUUUAAUUGGAAUUCAUAAAAAUGUCAGGUGUGGUCCCCACAGACCCUGAGCAGCCUACAGGAGAGAUGGAAAAGCAGAUAAUAUCACCAACUGCAGUGCCCGAUGCCCCUCCUGAUUACAAUUCUCAUUUUGUGCCAGGCCCUGCUGGACCAGCUGCCCCUCCACCUGCAGGGUUGCCUACAGGAUACAACAUUCCACAGCAUCCUGGUGCCAUCUCUUUGUAUUGUCCUGUUGGUAGUACCCAUCCUAUUCAGUACCAGCCUGGCAGAUAUCCCAUGACCAAUCAGCCUGCUCCAGUAAUGUGGAUGCCAGGACCAGCUCCUAUGCCCAACUGCCCUCCUGGUCUGGAAUACUUAGCUCAGCUGGACAGCAUACACGUGCUUCAGCAUUUUGAGCCUCUAGAAGUGAUGACAGGUUUUGAAACUAAUAAUAGGUAUGACAUCAAGAACAACAUAGACCAGAUGGUUUACAUCGUAACUGAAGACACAGAUGACUACACAAGGAAUGCCUAUCGGAACCUACGACCCUUUGUGCUCCGGGUCACUGACUGCCUGGGCCGAGAGAUCAUGACCAUGCAGAGGCCUUUCCGAUGCACCUGCUGUUGCUUCUGCUGCUCCUGUGCAAGACAAGAGCUGGAAGUGCAGUGUCCUCCCGGUGCCACCAUUGGAUUUGUUGCAGAACACUGGAACUUAUGCAGAGCCACUUACAGCAUCCAAAAUCAGGAGAGAGAGAGUAUGAUGAGAGUGCGUGGGCCGUGUGCAACCUACGGCUGUGGUUCAGAUUCUGUCUUCGAGGUCAGCUCUCUAGAUGGAGCCUCUAACAUCGGCAGUAUCAUCAGGAAGUGGAAUGGCUUUUUAUCAACAAUGGGAAACGCCGACCACUUCGAGAUUCGCUUCCCUUUGGAUCUGGACGUGAAGAUGAAAGCGAUGAUUUUUGGCGCUUGCUUCCUAAUUGACUUCAUGUACUUUGAAAGGACUCCUUCACGGCGCUCAUCAGUAUAGAGGGAUCAAUCCAAGCAUCAGUUGAAAACAAAAUUAGAGAAAUGUACAUUGGACUCACAGCCAGCCUUCAGUUAUUCACAAGUAUAUUUCUCUGGCUUGAACAUUGUUUUCACUGGUAUAAGUUCAAGAAUAAAGUCAGGAUAUGUGUCCCAGUACCUUGUACAUUUUCUUACAUGCACAUUUAACAUUCACACACACCUUAUAUCUGAAUGUUUAUCCUGAAGUCAAGGAUUACAUAUUGUAUCUCAUUUGACAUGUUUUCAAAAUCAGUCUAAUGACCAGGGUGUCCUAAUGACAAACAGUUUAUAAAAACUGAAUGUAUAAAUCGUAUCAUUGUUCAACAGUACUUUACCUGAUUUUCAUGUUAAACAAUUCUUUACACACAAACAAUCAGAAAACACAGUAAAUAUGUUGCCUCCACAUUCUCUCGAUUAUUAGUGAGGACUAUGGAGGACCGGCAGGUCGUACUAAGGACAGUCAGUGUAUGUAUGAAUACACCAACUAGUGAGUCUUUCACUCUGGCUUCUGUCUAUAUGUGGACUGUGUUCUUCCAUGGAUGUUUCCUUUCAGAGGUUAUUAAAUGAAGAUUAAGAGAAGAGGCUUAGCCCACCACUCUUUUUGAAACAGAUACUUCACUUUCAAUUACAGUAAUCUUUUUAUGAUAAAGUUUGGUUUAUUCAGUUAUUUGUAACAGAUUGUUACUUGCUGCUAUUCAUUUUUUUAUAAAAAUAUGAUAUAUGGAUUGUUUUCUAAAAACUCAAUACCUUAUAUUUUAAAUUCAACUCUAAUCUUGACUAGAUGUAUGCAUUUUUGUAGUGCUAUCUUAUAUUUUGCACAUACACCAGAUUUUGCACAUACUGUUUAGAGCUUGUGUAUGAACUUGUCAUUUUACCCACCCACAGCCCUGUAUUCCCACACUUACCUUACAUUGAUAGUGCAAGUCAGGAUACUUUACAUCUCUGUGUUUCUUACUUUAAUGUUUGUGAUACUAAUACUUUUCUAACAGAAAAAAAUUCUUAAUCAUAAUAAAGUGGUGUCAUAUUUUAAUGUAAUUCAUGCAAUUUUUGUAUCUCAUAAUGGAAUUUGAUUAUAAAAAAUUGACCAAUGUAACUAAAACAUAAACAGAUUGUUUUUUUAUAGUUAAGUGGUUUC